AUGCCUCACCCAACAUGCCGGUCGGCGUACAGUCGCUACUGUGUUCUUCCUACAGACCGGCAUCUUCUUCGGCUUCAAGAAUCCCGUCGCCUUUUCGCCUUUGAGCACGUCGACUCUAUCUCGUACACGUCGGUUCUACAACGCACGUUCAACCUCAACAUCGCCUACAGGCAGCCGCCGCUGGGCGGUGACAGUGUGCCUGAGAACCUCGACAGUGCCGCCAUUCAAGAAGUCGAGUCCUCCAUGCUCGACCAAGCCGAUUUCCCGGGCAUAGACGCCUACGUCAGGCGCCAUGACAUGGUCUGCAGGAUGCCAGCCUCGCCGAGUCACGCCGAGUCAGGCCGCGCCACGAAGAAGGCGAAUGCCGCCAAUGCGAAUUGA